ACGCCUCUUUCUUCUUCCUCUCUUCUCGCCCAUUGAUUCACUUCCUUCUUCUCCACAACUAACAAUGGCGUCAUGGAAAGUUUCUUUGAUUCUCUGCGUUCUCGCUAUCUGUGCGGUUUCUUCCGAUUCCGCUAGCGAUGCUCAGGCGCCGUCAGUGGAUUGUUCAAACCUCGUCUUAACCAUGGCCGAUUGUCUUUCCUUCGUCUCCAAUGGAAGCACCGUCAACAAGCCUGAGGGAAAUUGCUGCUCUGGCUUGAAGACUGUGCUUAAGACCGACGCUGGUUGCCUCUGUGAGGCCUUCAGAAGCAGUGCUCAGUUGGGCGUUGUGUUGAAUGUUACCAAGGCCGUUACUCUUCCUGCUGCUUGCAAAGUCUCUGCUCCUUCCGCUGCUAACUGUGCAUUGUCUGAAACUCCUGCCGCUGCACCAGGUGGAGGCCUGACAUCUCCGGUAUCAUCUCCACCAUCUGGUACGAGUGGUGGAGAAGCACCUGAAGCAUCUGGAUCUGGUGGUGAGACAGCAAAUGAGAUAUCUCCAGCACCAUCACCAUCCCCAGGCAACACUUCUGCAGCGUCUUCUCUGUUUCAUCCAUCUUUGCUUCUUGCUGCUUCAUCAUGUGUAGCCAUUUUCUCUGCCUUCUUCUGAGCUCCCUUCUUACUUUGAGAGACUAGAGAGAGAUUAUAUAUUUUGGUUGCCUUUCUUUCUUUCUUUUUUGAAUUCAUUUUCCAUUUUGGAGAAGAUCUUAUCAUUUAUAACUUCCGUGUGUUGUGACUUUUUAGCAUUAGAUUAAAAUUCAUUCCCAGAGAGACUUGGACUUCCUAUUUUGGCGUUUUACCAUCACCAUCACCAUCAUCAAAA